AUGGCAGUAUUUCGAGUUGAAAAUACCAAUGUGACUGCUCUUCCAGUGAAUAACAACGAUGAAGCUGUUUGGCGUAUCUUUGGUUUCCCAAUUCAUGAACGGGAUCCAACCGUUAUUCAUUUAGCCGUCCAUCUUGAAAACGGUCAGAGCGUAUAUUUCACGAACGAGACAGCAAUUGACCGAGCUAUAAAUCCACCAAAAACUACACUCAGCGAAUUUUUUGAAUUGCGUAAUCGUGCGGAUGCUUUUGGUGCCUUUGCGCGGACAUUACUCUACUCGGAAGUACCACACUAUUUCACAUGGGCUCAAACAAAAAAAUGGACACCCCGCAAGCAAGGUACACCAGUUGAUGCAUGUCUCGGUUUAUUCAAAUCAAACGCAACGAGGAGAGUAUUUACAGUCAAUCCAAGGCAGGCUGCGUGCUUUUAUUUUCGACUGUUGUUGGCUAAUGUCACAGGCUCAUUGUCCUUUCAAGAUAUACGUAAAGCCGAUUGA